GGCUCCUUUAUAAACCAAACUCUUUCCACGCUCAACAGUCAAGUUACACACGCUUAAGAGUCAAGUCUCACACUGCUGCUCCAGCUCCAAACUCCAUUUUUCAAAAACUCUACUCGAGGCCAUAAAGAAAGGAACGACUUACCAAGAGGGUGCCAAUUAAAAAAAAAAAGCGGACGACCAGCUGCCUCGCUCACAGUGAAUCGGAUCAUUUCAUCCAUCACUGUCCCGUCACACGCGGCUUCUUCACGAGUACAUCCGAAAAAUCCCCGAGCUGCUUCUUUAAACUCCUCCAAGUUUGAACUGAGCGCGCGCUUGCCACCGACCUGCGAAAAGUUUUCUGCGCCUGCCGAGCGAGUGCCACCGAGGUAUAAAAGUGGACGACGAAAAAGUAACCAUGAUGAGCAAUAACUACGGCGAGGACCAGCUGCCUCCACAGUACUACCAGGGCACCGAGUUUGGGGAAGAGGAGGACGACGAGAUGCCAGCCACGGAGAAGGACCUGGCCGAGGACGCGCCAUGGAAGAAGAUCCAGCAGAACACCUUCACCAGGUGGUGCAACGAGCACCUCAAGUGCGUCAACAAGACCAUCGUCGACCUGCAGAAGGAUUUCAGUGAUGGCCUGAAGCUCAUUUCACUCUUGGAAGUUUUGAGCCAGAAGAAAAUGUACAGAAAGCACCACAACAGACCCAACUUCAGGCAGAUGCAACUGGAAAAUGUCUCAGUGGCACUGGAGUUCCUGGACAGAGAACACAUCAAACUGGUCUCAAUAGAUAGUAAAGCCAUCGUGGAUGGGAAUCUAAAGCUGAUUCUGGGUCUUAUCUGGACCCUUAUCCUCCACUACUCUAUCUCCAUGCCCAUGUGGGACGACGAGGAUGACGAGGAGGCAAAGAAGCUGACCCCCAAACAGCGCUUGUUGGGCUGGAUACAGAACAAGGUGCCCCAGCUGCCCAUCAACAACUUCAACCGUGACUGGCGGGAUGGAAAAGCCCUGGGAGCUCUGGUGGACAACUGUGCCCCUGGGUUGUGUCCUGAUUGGGCGGAGUGGGACCCAAACAAGCCUGUGCAGAAUGCCAAAGAAGCCAUGCAGCAGGCUGACGACUGGUUGGGCGUGCCUCAGGUGAUCGCCCCUGAGGAAAUCGUGGACCCAGAUGUGGACGAGCACUCAGUGAUGACUUACCUGUCUCAGUUUCCUAAGGCAAAACUGAAGCCUGGAGCUCCUCUCAAACCCAAACAGCUUUUCCCAGACAAGGCUAAAGCCUAUGGACCUGGUAUUGAGCCUCAUGGCAACAAAGUGCUAAAACCAGCAGUGUUCACUGUGGAAACUCUGGAGGCUGGCAGCGGUGAGGUCCUGGUCUAUGUGGAGGACCCUGAGGGACACAAGGAGGAGGCUAAAGUUAAACCCAACAAGGACAAAAACAGAACCUACACCGUCACCUAUGUUCCUAAAGUUGAAGGUGUACACAAGGUGAAAGUCCUGUUUGCUGGUCAGGACAUCGACAAGAGCCCCUACACAGUGAAUGUAGCAAAGGACAUGGGUGACCCCAGCAAAGUCCAUGCCAGGGGCCCAGGUCUGGAGCCCACUGGCAAUGUGGCCAACAAGCCUACCUACUUUGACAUCUAUACAGCUGGUGCUGGUAAUGGUGAUGUUAGUGUGGUCAUCGUCGACCCUCAGGGCAAAAAGGACACAGUUGAGCUCAUCCUGGAGAAUAAAGGCAACAGUGUUUUCCGCUGCACUUACCGCCCUGUGCUGGAGGGACCUCACAAGAUCCAUGUUCUGUUUGCAGGCCAGGAGAUCCCCAAGAGCCCUUUUACUGUCAACAUUGCAGAGGCUCCACCAAUUGCUCCUUCUGCGGGAGCCCCACUGCAGAUAGUCCCUCAGUCAGUGCUCACCCCUCCUGGAGGGAAAGGGGGACAGGGGGUACCCCCUACAAAACCUGGCCGCCCAACCAUAAACCCAAAUGCCUGCAGAGCUACAGGCAGAGGCCUUCAGCCUAAAGGCGUGAGAGUAAAGGAGGUUGCAGACUUCAAAGUCUUCACCAAGGGAGCUGGCAGCGGAACGCUCAACGUCUCAGUCAAAGGACCAACUGGAGCAGAGGAGAAAGUAAAAGUGCGAGAUGCAGGAAACGGUGUGUAUGAGUGUGAAUAUUUGCCCCUCAAGCCAGGUAAAUAUACAGUCAGCAUCACCUGGGGAGGCCAACCCAUCCCACGCAGUCCCUUUGAGGUGGAGGUUGGACCAGAGGCAGGUUUUCAGAAGGUGAGAGCCUGGGGUCCUGGUCUCAAGACUGGCAUGGUUGGAAAAUCUGCUGAUUUUGUGGUAGAGGCCAUCGGCACUGAAGUUGGAACAUUAGGUUUCUCCAUCGAGGGACCAUCACAGGCUAAAAUUGAGUGUGAUGAUAAGGGCGACGGGUCCUGUGAUGUGCGCUACUGGCCCACUGAGCCUGGUGACUAUGCUGUCCAUGUCAUCUGUGACGACGAGGACAUCAAGGACAGUCCGUUUAUCGCCCACAUCCUCCCAGCGGCAAAUGAUGUCUUCCCUGAGAAGGUAAAAGCCUUUGGUCCAGGACUGAAGCCGACUGGUGUCAUUGUGAACAAACCAACCGAGUUUACCAUUGAUGCCCGCAUGGCAGGGAAGGGUCACCUCAAGAUCUACGCACAGGACGCCGAAGGCAGCACCAUCAACAUCAAGAUUACUGACAAGGGAGAUGGCACCUUUCUAUGUGUGUACACUCCUGUCAAGCCCAUCAAACACACCAUCAUCAUCACUUGGGGGGAGGUCAAUGUGCCCAACAGCCCCUUCAGAGUGCUGGUUGGAGAGGGUUCUCAUCCAGACAAAGUCAAAGUCUAUGGGCCUGGAGUGGAGAAGACCGGGCUCAAGGCUAAUGAGCCGACAUACUUCACCGUUGACUGCGGUGAGGCUGGUCAAGGGGACAUCAGCAUUGGAAUCAAGUGUGCCCCAGGGGUGGUUGGCCCUGCUGAGGCAGACAUCGACUUUGACAUCAUCAAGAAUGACAAUGACACCUUCACUGUCAAAUACACUCCCCCCGCUGCGGGGAAAUAUACAAUCAUGGUGCUGUUUGCCGACCAGGAAAUUCCUAUCAGCCCAUUCAAAGUCAAAGUGGAUCCUUCCCAUGAUGCAGGCAAAGUGAGAGCAGAGGGCCCAGGAAUCAAUAAGACAGGUGUGGAGGUGGGCACUCCAACCCACUUCACCAUCUACACAAAAGGAGCUGGUAAAGCCAAGCCUGAGGUGCAUUUUGCAGCAUCAGGCCCAGGAGAGGCAGUUCGUGACUUUGAGAUCAUCGAUAACCAUGAUUACUCCUACACUGUCAAGUACACAGCUCUUCAACAGGGGAACAUGGCAAUUUCAGUCACUCAUGGAGGCGAUCCCAUUCCAAAGAGCCCCUUCCACAUCACAGUGGCUCCACCUCUCGAUAUCGGAAAGGUGAAAGUGGAGGGAUUAGAAAACAAAGUGGAGGUUGGAAAGGAUCAAGAGUUCACUGUGAACACGAAGGGCGCCGGUGGGCAGGGCAAUGUAGGUGUGAAGAUGACGUCACCCUCUGGCAGACCAAUCCCUUGCAAACUGGAAUCAGACAAAGCUAAAGGCACUCACAGUGUCAAGUAUAUUCCCCCAGAGGAGGGGCAGUACAAGGUUGAUGUCAGCUAUGAUGGCAACCCAGUGAUGGGAAGUCCCUUUGGGGUUGAGGCAGUCAUGCCUGCUGAUCCCUCAAAGGUGCGCGCCUACGGCCCAGGUCUGAAAGGAGGCAUUGUGGGUAAACCAGCUCCAUUCACGAUUGACACAAAAGGUGCUGGUGCAGGUGGACUGGGCCUGACUGUCGAGGGUCCCUGUGAGGCAAAGAUCGAGUGCCAGGACAAUGGUGACGGCACAUGCUCGGUCAACUACCUGCCUACUGAGCCUGGAGAGUAUGCCAUCAACAUCUUGUUUGCUGAGAAGCACAUCCCAGGAUCCCCAUUCAAAGCUGCAGUGCGUGCAGCUCUGGACCCUGGCAAGGUAACCGCAAGUGGGCCUGGCCUGGAGAGAGCUAAGGCAGGAGAACCAGCAACCUUCACUGUGGACUGUACUCAAGCCGGCGACGCUGAGCUCACCAUCGAGAUCGUGUCUGAGACCGGCGUCAAGGCUGAGGUGCACAUCCAGAAAACAGCAGAGGGGACCUUCUCUGUCACUUACAUCCCCCCCUUCCAUGGGACACACACCAUCACCAUCAAGUAUGGCGGUCGUAUGAUUCCACAGUUUCCCAAAGUUCUACAGGUGGAGCCCUCAGUCGACACCACCGGGGUGCACGUCUACGGGCCAGGAGUGGAGCCUAGAGGAGUCCUCAGAGAAGUCACAACCCACUUCAUUGUUGAUGCCCGCGCCCUCAACAAGGUUGGAGGAAGUCAUGUAAAGGUUCACGUUAUCAACCCCUCUGGCUCCAACACAGACACCUACAUCACUGACAAGGGAGACGGCACCUACAGAGUGGAGUACACAGCAUUUGAGGAUGGAAUACAUCUGAUUGAGGUGCUGUAUGAUGAUGCUCCCACUCCAAAGAGUCCAUUUAGAGUGAACGUUGUGGAGGGGUGUGAUCCAACCCGAGUCCGUGCCUUUGGCCCAGGUCUGGAGGGAGGAAUUACCAACAAGCCUAACUGCUUUACAGUGGAGACCAGGGGUGCUGGCACUGGAGGCCUUGGCCUAACUAUUGAGGGAGCCUCAGAGGCCAAAAUUUCCUGCAAAGACAACAAAGAUGGCAGCUGUAGCGUGGAGUACAUCCCCUUCACUCCUGGAGACUACGACGUCAACAUUAAUUACGGAGGCCAGCCGAUUCCUGGCAGUCCAUUCCGUGUACCUGUCAAGGACCCUGUGGAUCCCAGCAAGGUGAAGUGCUCUGGUCCGGGUUUGGGUGCUGGAGUGAGAGCCCAUGUUCCUCAGACUUUCACGGUAGACUGUACUAAGGCAGGACAGGCCCCACUGGAUGUCAAACUCUAUGGUCCAUCAGGCACUGUGGAGCCAGCUGGUGUGAAGAAUAAUGGUGAUGGCACCCACACAGUUCACUACACCCCAGCCCAGGAUGGCCCUUACACCGUGGCUGUCAAGUAUGCAGAUCAGGAGGUCCCACACAGUCCUUUCAAGGUAAUGUCUCAGCCUGGGCAUGAUGCCAGUAAGGUACGCGCAAGUGGCCCUGGUCUAGACAAGAAAGGCGUGUCAGCCAGCCUGCCAGUCGAGUUCACUAUCGAUGCUCGUGAUGCUGGAGAGGGACUGCUCACUGUGCAGAUUCUGGACCCGGAGGGCAAGCCAAAAAAUGCCACCAUUCAGGACAACAGGGAUGGCACCUACACUGUGUCCUAUGUUCCUGACUCUACAGGCCCAUACACCAUCACUAUUAAAUAUGGAGGAGAUGAGAUCCCUUAUUCCCCGUACCGCAUCCAGUCUCUUCCCACAGGAGACGCCAGCAAAUGUCGCGUCACAGUUUCCAUCGGAGGACACGGCGUGUCGAGUCUUCAGAAGCUGCAGACCUCAGAGGAUACAGUAAUCACUGUGGAUGCAAAGGCUGCUGGGAAAGGCAAGGUGACCUGCAAGGUGCUCACCCCACAGGGGAUGGAGGUAGACAUGGAUGUGGUGGAGAAUCAUGAUGGGACCUUUGACAUUUACUACACCGCCCCUGAACCUGGGAAAUAUGUUAUUACCAUCCGCUUUGGGGGACAGAACAUCCCUAAGAGCCCCUUCCAUGUGGUGGCCACAAAUGAGCCGGUUGUCCCCAGCGAUACUGUGGAUCCUCUCUUCCGUCCUGUUAACUUCCUCGUCCCUUUCAUGCCACAGCAAGGAGAAAUCACAGGUGAGGUGCGGAUGCCUUCAGGGAAGACUGCUCGUCCGCAUAUCACCGAUAAUAAGGAUGGCACCAUUACUAUUAAGUACCAGCCCACAGAGAGAGGCCUGCAUGAGAUGGACAUCAAAUAUGAUGGCAACCACAUUCCAGGGAGCCCUCUGCAGUUCUUUGUGGAUGCUGUAAACAGUGGAGUGGUGACUGCUUAUGGUCCCGGUCUGAGUUAUGGCAUGGUCAACAAAGCUGCCACUUUCACUGUGGUCACCAAGAAUGCAGGGGAAGGUGGUUUGUCUCUGGCAGUAGAAGGUCCCUCUAAGGCUGAGAUCACCUGUAAGGACAAUAAAGAUGGAACCUGCACUGUGUCGUACCUGCCCACAGCUCCUGGGGAUUACAACAUCAUCGUCAAGUUUGACAACAAGCACAUUCCUGGCAGUCCCUUUACUGCUAAGAUUACAGGGGACGACUCCAUAACCAGAACAUCCCAGCUGAACGUCGGCACAGCGGCUGACGUGUCCCUGAAGAUCGCAGAGACUGAUCUGAGUUCUCUAUCUGCCAGUAUCAGAGCUCCAUCAGGCAAUGAGGAGCCCUGCCUGCUCAAGAGACUGCCCAACAGACACCUCGGUAUCUCUUUCACCCCUAAAGAAGUUGGUGAGCAUGAAGUGAGCGUGAGAAAAAAUGGGAUGCACGUGGCAAACAGCCCCUUUAAGAUCAUGGUCGGCCAGUCAGAGAUCGGCGAGGCCAGUAGAGUCAAGGCUUUCGGUAAAGGCCUGGUGGAGGCCCAUACUUUUGAAAUGGCUGAGUUUUUUGUGGAUACCAGAAAUGCAGGUUAUGGAGGUUUGGCAUUGUCGAUUGAGGGCCCGAGCAAAGUGGAUAUCAACUGUGAAGACAUGGAGGAUGGGACAUGCAGAGUGACCUACUGUCCAACAGAACCUGGGAAUUACACAGUUAACAUCAAGUUUGCUGAGAAGCACAUCCCAGGAAGUCCUUUCACAGUGAAGGUGACUGGAGAAGGAAGGAUAAAGGAGAGUAUAACCAGAAAGAGACAAGCGUCUUCUCUUGCCUCAGUGGGUAGCACGUGUGGCCUUAACCUCAAGAUCCCAGGAAACUGGUUCCAGAUGGUUUCAGCUCAGGAGAGGCUGACCAGAACGUUCACCCGCAGCAGCCACACCUACACCCGCACUGAGCGCACAGAGAUCAGCAAAACACGCGGCGGAGAGACCAAAAGGGAGGUACGAGUGGAGGAGAGCACCCAGGUGGGCGGAGGAGGAAGCCCCUUCAGAGAUGUGUUUGGAGAUUUUCUGGGCAGAGAGAGCCUCAGCAGCUUCGCUGGCAUCACCGCCAGACCUGAGGUUGAGAGUGGCUCUCAGGCUAUGACAGCUCAGGUGACGAGCCCCAGCGGGAAAACAAUGGACGCCGACAUAGUUGACGGAGGGAGCAGCACCUACAGUGUGCGCUUCAUCCCACAGGAAAUCGGACCUCACACUGUCAACGUCAAGUACAGAGGCCAGCAUGUGCCUGGGAGUCCCUUCCAGUUUACUGUGGGACCCAUGGGGGAGGGAGGAGCACACAAGGUCCGCGCAGGAGGACCUGGCCUGGAGAGAGGCGUGGCAGCAGCACCCUCUGAGUUUAGCAUCUGGACGAGAGAAGCAGGGGCUGGUGGUUUGUCCAUUGCAGUUGAGGGUCCAAGCAAGGCUGAAAUCUCUUUUGAGGACAGGAAAGAUGGAUCCUGUGGCGUCUCCUACAUUGUUAAAGAACCAGGUGACUACGAAGUGUCAAUCAAAUUCAACAAUGAGCACAUCCCCGACAGCCCAUUCAUCGUUCCGAUUGCUACACUGUCAGAUGAGGCCCGCAGGCUCACCGUCACAAGCCUCCAGGAGAAGGAUUUGAAGGUAAACCAAGAGGCAUCCUUUAUGGUGCAGCGCAACGGUGCUCGAGGUGUGGUUGACGCCAAAGUCCACUCCCCCUCUGGCUCUACUGAGGAAUGCUAUGUCACUGAUCUUGACAGCGACAAAAAUGCAAUCCGCUUCAUUCCACGGGAGAACGGUGUUCACUCCAUAGAUGUCAAGUUCAAUGGAUGCCACAUUCCUGGAAGUCCUUUCAAGGUGCGAGUGGGAGACCUGGGGCUGAUAGCAGACCCAGGCAUGGUGACAGCACAUGGCCCUGGACUGCAGGGAGGAACUACAGGUGUACCUUUGGAGUUUGUAGUCAAAACCUGUAAUGCAGGCUCUGGCACCCUAUCUGUCAACAUCGACGGGCCAUCCAAGGUCAAGAUGGACUGUCGGGAGUGUCCUGAGGGCUACAAGAUCAACUACACACCCAUGGCACCCGGCAACUAUCUCAUCACAAUUAAAUACGGAGGGCCACAGCACAUCGUGGGCAGCCCUUUCAAAGCUAAAAUCACAGGCGCCCGGCUAUCAGGGGGACACAGCCUCCAUGAGACCUCCUCUGUUUUAGUCGAAACAGUCACCAAAACCUCUAAAGUGGGCGGAGCCUACAGCUCCUCUUCCUCCACCACUUCAACAAAACUGGCAUCUGAUGCCAGCAAGGUGGUUUGUCGUGGAGCAGGCCUGUCCAAGGCUUUGGUUGGACAGAAAAACAACUUUUCAGUGGACUGCAGCAAAGCAGGUACCAACAUGCUAAUGGUGGGUGUGCAUGGGCCCCACGCCCCCUGUGAGGAUGUGUAUGUCAAGCACAUGGGCAACAAGCUCUACAACGUCACCUACACCGUCAAGGACAAGGGCAGCUACACCGUCAUUGUCAAAUGGGGCGACGACAACAUCCCCGGGAGCCCUUACAAAGUGGUCGCUCCUUAAAAUAAACUGGACCAAUGUGCCAGCCCUUCUCCUACACGGACCCGCCACUCUUGUCUCAUCACGUCAAUCAAACUGCCCACAACUCCUCUUCUGGCGCUGCUCUUCAGCGCAUUUCAGUAUACUCAACAUGCACUAAAAACCUGCAAGGACAUCUGCUAACUGUUUUGUAGAUCAAAAAAUACCUGAUGUGCCAAUGUUUUGUAUUAACUCCAGAUAGAACACAUUCAGAGUGAUGUGACGGUUUAAUGUUUUGCUCGGUCCAUAAAAUUUCCUUAAAACUGUUCUUGUGUUGUAAAGGAAUGGCAUAAUAUAUGAAUGUUGGAGUAAUCAGCAAUGUUUAGUGUGAUGCUAUAUGGUUUUGUAUGGUUUAAGAAUGGGAAAUUGACUUCUUUUUUGUUAUAUUAACCUAUUUUUGGUAAGUCUUUGCAGCCCUAAUAAAGAUUUUAUUGCUAACUUUUCAGACAAAAA